AUGGCGACCCGCAAAGGCACCAUCGCCAUCGAGGAGGCCGUGGUAAACCCAGACGGCAUCCCCUUCCUUGCCAAGUCGGCGGCCUUCUUCUCGCCCGCCUCGACGCAGCAGGACAUCCGCGAGCACGGCCUGACCAAGGCCCUCCUGGACAUCCACUCUGACCGCCUGGCCCGCAUGGACGCCACGGGCGUCGAGUACAUGCUCCUAUCGCUGACCUCGGCGGGCCCCCAGGGCGAGCCCGACCCGGCCGCCUCCGCCGCCAUGGCGUCGUCCGCCAACGACUGGCUCUCCGCGCAGGUGGCCCUGCGGCCGUCUCGGUUCGGCGCCCUCGCGUCGCUGGCCAUGCACGACGCCGAUGUGGCGGCGCGCGAGCUGCGCCGCGCCGUCACGGAGCUGGGCAUGUUCGGCGCCAUCAUCAACGACUUUCAGGACGUCUACGUCGACGACGACGGCGGGGCCGGGAAGGAGCGGACGCUCGGCAAGGCGUUCUACGACGACCCAAAGUAUCAUCCCUUCUGGGCGGCGGUGCAGGAGCUGGAUGUGCCAGUCUAUCUCCACCCCCGCUACCCCGCAGCGUCGGACGCGCUGGGGCCCCGCGCCAGGUACGGCCCCAGCAAGCGGCAGUUGAUCGGCGCCGCCGUGCAGUUUCACCUCGAUCUGAGCUACCACGUGUACGCCCUGUGCUCUAGCGGCAUCUUCGAUUUGUAUCCCAAGGUGCAGCUGGUUAUUGGCCACCUGGGAGAAGGGAUUCCGUUCAAUCUGUGGCGGGCCGAUCACUGGUAUAACAAGCCGGUGAAGAAGGCGGCGCGCCCGUCGAAGGAGGACUACUCGUACUACUUCACCCAUAAUGUCUCCAUCACGACCUCGGGCCAUUUCUCGACUGUGGGAUUGAAGCUAUGCAUCGAUGAGAUAGGGGUCGACAGAUGUCUCUAUUCGAUCGAUUACCCGUACGACACCAUUGAGGAGGCACAGGAAUGGUGGAAGGGGGUCGACUUGCCGGCAGACCAAAAGGAAGCCGUGGCGAGGGGGAACGCCAUUAAGCUGUUCAAGCUUCCGUUGGAACUUUAACCCGAGCAGCAAAGCUUCGUAUUACUGACAGAUGUGUAUGAACCAAUAUCGUGUAUCAGAAUCACGCUUAGAUACGUCGGGUGGGUCCAAGGAUAGAGCUGUGGAGUUGUCCCUUCAGUUCAGCGUGUUCGUUUCCCCAGCUCACAGAAGUCAAUGGUGCAGUAGGGUGCUGGAGCUAAUGGUGGAGGCAUCAUGAGACUACAACGGAAACGGUUAGCGGGGGGUGAAGUGUAAUAACAUUGGGCCAGAAUUGGAAAGAGAUGCGUCACAUUUGAGAAGCUUCAACAACGUGGAGUCGGAUGGAUGUUACCGAAGAGGUCGGAUGGAUGGGGCCGAAGGGGUCGGAUGGAUGGUACCGAAACUGAGAUCAAGCCUUGCUUGAUUUUGUUAGUUAUAAGAGGUAUAAAAUGCCAGU